AUGGCAGAGAGUGAAGACGAUCAAGUGGCGCGCCAUGCUCCAAGUCACGAUCAAGUCAGCAGAGUGGCCCUGCGGAUGCCGCCUUUUUGGCCGGAAGAACCGGAGCUUUGGUUCGCGCAGCUGGAAAGUCAAUUCCACAUCUGCGCAAUCACACAGGAUUCGACGAAAUAUUCCUACGCUCUCGCCCAGAUNGACACGAAGUUCGCCAAGGAAAUAAAAGAUGUCAUCGUCNCCCCGCCUGCGNUGGAUAAAUACGAGACGCUCAAGCGGACGCUCAUCAAACGCCUUUCGACUUCUCAGGAGCAACGAACUCGACAGCUUUUGGAGCACGAGGNGCUUGGAGAUCGAAAGCCAUCGCAGUUUCUUCGCCAUCUCCAGACGCUUGCGGGAACGAGUGUUCCAGAUUCGCUGAUUCGCACUCUGUGGCUCGGUCGUCUUCCAUCGCAAAUGCAGAGUAUCCUCGCUCCACGCACUAACGACAGGCUCGAGGAUAUNGCUGAGCAAGCCGACCGGAUCAACGAAGUNAANUACANAGCUGUUGUCGCUGCGACUUCUGUGGCUUCUUCAAAGGACACUUCGACUUCUUUAGAGGCUCGCAUCGAGGAGCUNUCCAAGCAGGUGGCAAAGUUCGCGCGAUUUUCACGCAGCAGGAGUAAAUCUCGGAGCAGAGGCGGCGGCAAAUUUCGCAGCAAGUCCCGCGACAAGGCUGGUGAGGGUGCCUGUUUCUAUCAUCGGCGCUUUGGCGAAAAGGCGAGGAAAUGUACCACCCCUUGUAACUACAAGCCGGAAAACUAG